AAAAAAAUUUAAACAAAUAGUGGCAAAGAGAACAGUCGAGAGAGAAAAGGCACCAUGGUGCGGAAGAAGCAAACCGAUAGCAGCGACGAUGAAGACGACACCUUCUAUUACCGCUACCCUUCUUCCUCUUCUUCAAACCCAGCAUCUACCACAACCUCAAAACCCCAACAAAACCCCAACGCCAACGAUAACAGAGCCGCCAAAACCAAAGGUGGGUCUAAAGGGCUAGCCCCAUCAAAAUCAACGCUCUACGUAUCAAACCUAGACUACACCCUCACCAACUCCGACCUCCACACUCUCUUCUCCACCUUCGGCAAAAUCGCCCGCGUCACCGUCCUCAAAGACCGCGUCACCCGCCAAAGCCGCGGCGUCGCUUUCGUCCAGUUCGUCUCCCAGGACCACGCUCUCUCCUCGGCGCGUCAAAUGCACGGGAAGAUCCUCAACGGGCGAACCAUCUCGGCUUCCAUUGCCGCCGACAAUGGGCGAGCUCCUGAGUUUAUUCGGAAGCGCGUGUACAAGGAUAAGUCUCGGUGUUAUGAGUGUGGGGACGAUGGGCACCUUUCCUAUGAGUGUCCUAAGAAUCAGCUGGGUCCUAGGGAGCGACCUGUUCCGAAAAAGCCACGUGGCGGUGGCGGUGGCGGUGGCAGUGGUGGUGGUGGGUUUCGGAUUGGAGAUCGUGGUUAUGAUGAUGAGGAGGAGGAGGAGGAGGAGGAGGAAGAGGUGGUGGGAUUGGAGGAUGAUAAUUGGGCGUCGGUGGUGGACGGUGGGGCUAACCAGCGGUUAUUGACUGAUGGGGUUGUUGAGGUUGAGGAGAAGAAGAGGAAGAAAGUUAAGAAAGCUAGCUACUUCAGCGAUGAGAGUGAAGAGGAUGAGUGAAAAAAACCAAAUUUUUUGGUGUUGGGUAUGCUUUAAAUGAGACAUAAUGCUGCAUGCUGCUUAUCAUAUUCUCCCAGCAAGGUUGCUUAAGACUGCUCUGAAUUCUCACCAGAGCACAUUUGUGGUUGCUGUAGCAAGGACCAGUGUAGUUGAAUAUUGAUGCUCUGGCUUAAAUUAUUUUGGAUCAUCUCAAUUUUUUGGUUCUCUUUCUAUGAUGAUGUAGGUGGUCCUCGCUCAGUCUGAAGUUCUUGUGAGCAGUAUGUAAUUUAAUAGACUCUUGUCAUACUGUGUAAAAGAAAUAAAGAAGCACAAGUUCUAGUGAUUAGGGUUAUUGUUCUUUUCCUUUUUUUCCUUUUGUAUCGAGGCCUGUAGGAUAGUAUAAUUCAUGUCCUAGAGCAGUGGUCACGGUGGACAUAGAGAUGUGUAUUCAAAUUACAUUGUACGCAAAUGAAUGCAGGAAUUCUAUCAACCUUUACAAUAA